AACAGUCGACCUUGUUGCCGACUUAUUUAUUGUUGUUUUCUUUUUUUUCGGUUUUUUCAUGUGCUAGUAUGUCAUCGCCAUUCAUUCUAAAAUGCCAGGGUUAUCAAAAUGUCCGAUAUCGUAUGGAGUAUAAAAAAUGGUGAACUGGAUCAAGUUCAGGCGCUAGUUGGUGCUAACAAAUCGAUCGUGAAUACAGAAUUUAAUGGCAGAUAUCCAUUGCAUUAUGCAGCCGACUAUGGUCAAUAUGAAGUUCUGGAAUAUCUUAUAAGCAUGGGCGCUGAAAUAGAUAUUAGGGAUAAGCAUGAAAUAACACCUUUAUUGGCUGCCGUUUGGGAAGGUCACACCCAAUGUGUCAAAUUACUUCUUGAUAAGGGUGCUAACAAGAAUGGAACAACACCAGAUGGCGCUAGUUAUUUGGAAGCUGCCGAAAAGGAUGAAAUUCGCAAAUUGCUGUCAUAAAGUAUUAUUAUACAAUUACUACAAUAUAUAAACUAUUUUUGUAGUCAUAUAAAAAAGUUUAAUAAUAAAUUUUGAAUUUCUUAAACAAA